UGUUUACGCGCGGCGGAGAGGCGAGCGGCCGUCCUUCCUGCAGCGGCUCCCCGACCCCAGCCGUCACCAUGUCGGGCUCCAGCAGCGCCAUGAUGAAGCAGCCCCCGAUCCAGUCCACGGCGGGGGCCGUGCCCGUCCGCAACGAGAAGGGGGAGAUUUCCAUGGAGAAGGUGAAGGUGAAGCGAUACGUGUCGGGGAAGCGCCCCGACUAUGCGCCCAUGGAGUCCUCCGAUGAGGAAGACGAGGAGUUCCAGUUCAUCAAGAAGGCCAAGGAGCAGGAGCUGGAGCCCGAGGAGCAGGAGGAGGACCUGGCCAGCGACCCCCGGCUGCGCCGCCUGCAGAACCGCGUCAGCGAGGACGUGGAAGAGAGGCUGGCGAGGCACCGCAAGAUUGUGGAGCCAGAAGUGGUGGGGGAGAGUGAUUCUGAAGUGGAGGGCGAAGCCUGGCACGUGGAGCGCGAGGACACCAGUGAGGAGGAAGAGGAGGAAGUAGACGAUGAGGAAAUUGAACGUCGCCGUAAUAUGAUGCGACAACGUGCUCAGGAACGCAAGAAUGAGGAGUUGGAAGUGAUGGAACUGGAAGAUGAGGGCCGUUCUGGGGAGGAGUCUGAAACUGAGUCUGAAUAUGAGGAGUAUACAGAUAGUGAAGAUGAAACUGAACCACGUCUUAAACCUGUCUUCAUUCGCAAAAAGGACCGAAUCACAGUCCAGGAGCGAGAAGCAGAGGCCCUGAAACAGAAGGAGCUGGAGCAAGAGGCCAAACGUAUGGCUGAAGAGAGGCGCAAGUACACCCUGAAGAUUGUAGAAGAAGAAGCCAAGAAGGAAUUGGAGGAGAACAGGCGUUCUUUGGCAGCCCUUGAAGCUUUGGAUACGGACGAUGAGAAUGAUGAGGAAGAGUAUGAAUCUUGGAAAGUGCGAGAAUUGAAACGAAUCAAGCGAGAUCGUGAGGAACGUGAGGCGAUAGAAAAGGAGAAAGCAGAGAUUGAACGGGUACGGAAUUUGACUGAGGAAGAACGCCGGGCUGAGCUCCGAGCCAACGGCAAGGUCAUCACCAACAAGGCCGUGAAGGGCAAAUACAAGUUCUUGCAGAAAUAUUAUCACCGUGGUGCUUUCUUCAUGGAUGAAGACGAGGAUGUGUACAAGAGGGACUUCAGUGCACCAACUCUAGAGGAUCACUUCAACAAGACAAUCUUACCUAAAGUCAUGCAGGUGAAGAACUUUGGACGUUCCGGACGGACUAAAUAUACCCACCUAGUGGACCAGGACACAACUUCCUUCGACUCUGCUUGGGGGCAGGAGAGUGCCCAGAAUACAAAGUUCUUCAAGCAGAAGGCAGCUGGCGUGCGGGAUGUCUUUGAGAGGCCUUCUGCUAAGAAGCGGAAAGUGACUUGAGUGGGAAGUAUCGUCUGAAUCCCUCUUUUAGCUCUGGCUUUUUGUACAACUACUUUUUAACUUGGGACCACAAAAUAUUUUCAUUGGUCUGAAUCAACUAAGCUGGUGCUGAUUCAGCUUAACAGACUCUCCUUUAGAUCUUUUGCAGUCCUGUAUUUAAUUUAGACGGACUAUAAAGACAACUGCUCUUUA